AGACGAGUCCGUGCAUGGGGCGUUUAUAGGGUUUACGCAAGUCAAGUAAGGAAUGAAGUCGUAGAUAGUGCCUUUAGCGAACAGGAUGCUUCGGGAAAGGGGGGAUAUAUUUGUGUUACAUGUCGUGUUCGCGAUUUAAUCUUACAGUAGUUUUCUUGCUUUUUUCAACGACCCUUGUGGAGUUCAAUGUGCAAUGUUGCGAACAUAGAUAGAGCUGUGAUGAAAACUAAAGUCGUUUAGUGAUAAAUAAUCACAGGAAAAGAGAAACAUUAUUGGUAGAAAAUGAUACGUGUCUUACUUUACAGACCGCAACAGGAACAAGAGUCCUUACUGGCAUAAGGCCAGCCCAGUCAAGAACAACACCAGUAUAGGUUGACACCUGACAGAGUCGUCCGGUGUGUAUUCACAAGGAACACGCGUUUACGACGUAGGUCACCGAGUGGAAGGAUUGAUUAAAGAUGGAUAAUUGUUUAGAGCUGGUUGUUCAGUACUCAGAGGAGAGGGAGAAUAAAUAUAAGGAGUUUCUGGAAAAACUUAAGGAAUGGAAAUUAAUCAGGUCCAAGACUAUUCAAGGCUUACUUGAUCUCAUCAGUUACAUUGACAGCUUUCACAAAGGUGCCAAUGUUGCCAAUAUUGUUGGUUCUGGAGCAGGCGUUGUAGGAGCAGGUGCAGUCCUUUUGGCCCCAUUCACCGGAGGCCUGUCUUUGGCUGUUGGAGGCAUUGUCGCAAGUGCUGUGGGUGCCACUACAAGUAUUGUUGCUUCCUUCAAAGAUAACAGUGUUGCAAGGGAAAACUGCAAGAAAGCUCAGGAACUUAUAGAUAAAGAUGCAAAAGCAACUGAGGCUCUGACUGACCUAGUGAAGCAAUAUUUUGAGCUAACACAGAAGCUAAAUGACUGUCUAAAAGGUGCCCACGGAAAAGUAAAAUUUAAGUCCCUGCCACCAAUUGUGGCUGGCAGUCAGGCCGCUUCAAAAUACCUAUUAGGUACCCAAUUGGUUGCUUCUGCUUCUGCAUUUGGCAAAGGAGCCAGUAAAGCAGGAGCUAGAGCAAUUCCUGUUAUUAGUGCAGUUUGUAUAGCCAUCGAUGUAUGGUCUAUUGUCACCACCACGGUGGAUAUGGUGGAAGGAUCAAAAAGUGCAGCAGGAAAGGAAUUGUACAAGGUAGUUGAGCAGCUGCGGAAGCAGAAACAAGAGGUGGGUGAAAAUAUUGUUGAAGUAAUCAGAAUACAGUCUCAGAAUGAAGCUUGUGAAGAAGAAAUACAACAAGAAAAAGAAAAGCAAAAACCUAAGCGAAGAAAACGAACAAAGGAAACAGCUGGUAAAGAAAAAGUCGCUUCAAUACAAAUGGUCAAGAAUCUGGAGGAUUUGGAUUUGGAAUUAGAAGAAGAUUCUGAAUCUGAUGAAGAAGGAAAAAGUAUAACCUUUUGCCUAAUGAAUGCCAGAUCAGUAUUUAAUAAAUGGAGUGAAAUAACAUGUUAUGUGCUUGAGAGAGAUAUUGAUGUUUUGGCAGUAACAGAAACUUGGGACCGUAAAGAACCAUGGGUAACAGCCGUACCAGGGUACCAGCAAUUCUUUUAUUCCCCUCGUGAAGAUAGAAGAGGUGGAGGAGUUGGAGCUCUUGUUAAGGUAGACAUCAGAGUACAGGAUAUCAAACUUGACUUUGAGUCCUUUGAGUGUAUGAAGUGUACCUUAACUGUGCUAUUUAAAGAUGGAUCUAGUGAUACGAUACAUGCUUACAUACUUUACAGAUCACCAGAUUCAAAUUUUGACACUUUUCUUGAUGAAUUUCAAGACCUGGUAGCGCUCUCUGCUUUAGAAAGCAAAGUCAUAAUUAUGGGUGACUUUAAUAUCCACUGGGAAAACUUCAUUCUUACCAAGUCUGUUGAGAUGAGGCACUUGUUAAGGGAUCAUGGCCUUCACCAACACGUAACUGAAGAAACACACGAAGACAAUGGAACCCUGGACUGGGUAGUUACUCGAAACAUGGAACGUUACCUUAUAGAAAAUCUCAGGGUUGAUAAGCAAAUUAAGAGGUUCAUUAACCUUGAUCAUUAUCCAAUUACUUUCACUGUUACACUGAAAAAACCUCCAGUAUAAAAUUGACCUUGACCGUAUUAGCACAAACCUUAUGCAUUUUAACAUCACUAUCCAGUAAGCAACUAAACUUUCAAAAACAUUUAUUGGGUUAGUUAUAAAUCAAAUACGUCAAGUUAGUCCUGUUUACAGUAAAUACUCCCUUUCCCAUUUUUUUUCUUUCAGUUCUGGAAUGCAUCCUGAAACAUUUUUUUUUUUUUUUUAUAUUUGCUAUCAGCACCUUCCAGGAUGGAUUUCCCCAUUGAGAACAAGAAAUCUGCAGGAGCCAAGUCUGCAGAGUAAUGUAACUUGGAAAUCAGUUAUUGAAGACUUUGCCAAAAAUCACGAAUAAGAAGUAAUAUUAGAGCAGGUGCUCUAUCAUGGUGCUGAUUGCGGGUCUUAUUUCUAUGUCUCAGUCCUCUAUCAGAUACAUCAAGACCUCCAAAUACUAUAAGUCCUUAUUGACUGUCUGCCUUUGUGGCACAAAUCAUCUGAUGGAAAAACAAAGUCAGUAUCACCUUCACAUCUGAGUGACUGACUUGAUUUUAUAGCACACCAACGAUGCCUAACCCACUGUGAUGACUGCUUGAUUUCUUUCCAACAUCACAGCCACACCCUAACUUAUUCGUUCGGUCUAGAAAUUUUCAUCAGCAUUCCACCCUGAGGGGUCACCAGCUGUAGAUAACGUUAGAGAAUUCACAAUAGACUUGCACAUCAUCCCACAAAAAGCAUUCCAGAUGAUUUCCACAACUAGAAAAAGCAUUGUAUGUGUGCAUUCACUAUGAAAAGGACUAUUCACAAGGAGACAAGUAUGAUUAAGAGGUAACUAAAACAAAUUUAUUUUAUCAAAACAUAGGUUUCUAUUUGGAACAACUCUUAUAUACAGUACCACCCUGCCAAGUGAUUCCAUUGAGUAAACUUGAAGUUAUGAACUGACUGGUGAACACUGGAAAAGAUGAUAUAUGGAGGAAAUAUAGUUGCCAAAUCACAAAUUUCGUCAGUACACUUUGUAUUUAUAAAACCUAUCUAAUGAGAGCCGAAAUGAAGAGAUAAAGAAGAGACUUAACUUGAUCGUGAUAUCCACUACACAAUUAUUGCCAACGUUUUCAUAUAACUUGCUGAUAACUGCACAUCCUUUUGUAUCAUGGUGCUGACAGAAAUUAACAACAUGGUAUAUCAGCGGGGUGGUAAAUAUACAAAGUUCUUCUGAAUUUUUCAUGACGAUUAAUAAACAUAUGCUCUAGUCUGCAAAAACCUUUCUCAUAAUAAUUACUUUAUCAAGUGACACUCUCAGUUCAUCUUUGGCCUACCUCAUUGUAAUCAAAUUCACAAUAGCAUGUAACUCAUCAGAAUUUCAGUAAUAAUAAAAUGUUGUGUCUUGUCAUAACUAAAGAAAUGUGGUGUUAUUGCUGGCCAGGCAGAAGUUCUAUGUAUUUCCAGAGGCUCAUUAGUACUAGUCGUACAUCUUCAGACAAUCCUCCAAACAAAGUCACAGCUCUAAAGUAAACUACCUGCAGCUAAGAGGGUAGAUUUGCCACCUAGAUUCUACCAGUUUCCAGCAAUUUUUAUCAGGCUAAUGCUUGGGGGACAAAGUAAGGAACCUCAGCCUUCCAAAGAGCCACAAGGUUGCCCCAAUAGAGGACACAAAACGCUGCCGAAACCACCAAGGAUUAUGCACUCUAACGCUCACUGAAUGGCCUUCGAAAUGUCCACACCAUCACCAUUUAGCACGCUAGAGAACUGUAAGAUGCACAUCCCACUGAUAACUUUUUUAUGAAAAGGUGUGACAAAACUCUUCCGAUGAUGUCUGGAUCCUUCCUACGCAUCAGUUUCCAAAAACGAAGUUGUAGGUCAGACCCACUCCUGACAGCAUUCGACCAUCAAGGGCUAUACAAGCAGCUACGAUGAUGUCUUCUGCUAGGACCCGAUGUUAGCAAUAAAAACUGUCAUCAGGACUGCUGAAGGAUACCGUGGCCCAGUGCCCCUUUGGUCCACAAGGGAUACUAAAGUCAGGUGUCCGUGGAAUACAAGAUGCGACGCGAGACUGGUUUUGUUCCAAGAUGGUCAAGAGGUGGAUAACAAGAAACUGAUCAUCCAGUGCACAAAACAGUGGACUGCAGCAAUGGGCUGAAGUUCUGUUCUUCCAGCAACUUUACUUCUAGUUGGGCAGCCUGUCUGCAGCAGAGCACUACUGACUGUCACCCUUCCAAAGAAGAUGUUAAUUCUGCAAUUCAAGCAAUGAUGCCAGCUACAUAGUACAUGCGGUGGUCACUUAAAAUGUAAAGUGUAAAAUGAGAUCUAACUUAUAGUCUUCUAUUGAUUGAUUUUACCAGAUUCCUAUGCGUUAGAUACUGUAUAUGACUUGAAGUAAUGAAUUAUUGUGUAGAAAGUAUUUGUAAGUAGGUGCUGUAUUUCAUCAUGAGAAAAGUUGCAUCAUUAAGUAAAGUCGGUUAAACGCUUGUUGUUCUUAUAUAUUACAAUUGAAAUUUUAAUUUUCGUUGAUAUUUUUUAUCAUACCAGAGUUUCUCGAAAGUAGACUGUGGUUAGAUAAGAUGUUAUGAUUUUACAUUAGUUUGUAAAUCGCUGAUUCCAUUACAUUACAUAUUGCUCGAACUGAUCCAGAUCUUUGGAGAGGUCUAACAGAAGUCUAAAUAUUCAAUUAGUAGACUUGAUUUGAAUUUAUGACAUCGAUUAAUACAAAUUUAAGACUUGCCAAGACCUUAUUCAGAAGGUUUAAGUUUAAUGUGUUCUUAUAUCAGUUUACUUUCAUAAUUUUAUUGUUUUUUUUAUCGUUUAGUUCCAGAUUGAUUCUUUAAGUAAAACCUUUGUGACUGGGUUUCUUUUGUAAAGAUUAACUGAUAGGUUAAGUGUAAUUUUGUCACGUUUUCUUCAAACGUUUCCUCUUGUGUCAAGUCGUUUAGCAAAUAAUGUGUAAACAUUCCUGGACUUUUAAAGUAUUUAUUGUUUUUUAUAAAGAUUUUAAGCAAACGUCAUUUUCCAUUGCUGGAUCCCUGUAUACCUGUGGUAUUAUUCAUCCGUUAAACAUACUUUAAAAUUAAGUGAGUAUUCACUUUGAUAUCAACAAAGUACUUUGCUCCCAAAUAAUCCAAUCGUCUAACUACAAUACAGGUUUCUGCAGAACUUCAAAACAUAAUUUCAUCACCAUUAGCAAGCAGUUAAUUUUGAAUAACAUUCGUCUAGGCGUCAGUGAAGAUACUAACAUCAUUUCAUUUUUAAUUAAAGUAGAAAUCAUCUUUUACCCUGAAUCCCCUUCCCCCUAAACACAAAGCCGUUAUUAACUUAUGAAAUACUGUAAUUAAGGUUUUUUUAGAUUAUUUCUCAUCUUUCGUUUUAAUCAUAUCUGGUUAAAAUUUCCAAAUGAUAUUUUUCAGCAAACUUUUGCUCUUGGAGUUGUCUAUAAAUGAAAAAAGUUCAAAGGAUCUUCCAAACCAUGAUCACAAACAACCUUCAUUUUCAUGUCAUAUACAUAAGGAGAUAUAAUGACAAUGAUACUCUCUUAACAUGGCUAGCAACUGAUGGAUUUCAUACAAAUGGUAAAAGCUGAUACUUUACCACCACAAGAUGUUCAAAUUACAAACUCUAAUUUUCGCUUCUGGAGUCUUAGUUCAUGACAAUGUUCAAACCAUGAGAAUUUUGUAUGGUACUCUACUCAACCAUGACAAUCAUAAUUUUCCUUCAUUAGAAAUAUACAGUCCAACUCUAGCAGCAGGAGAGUUGAAAAUCUUCCAAUAUAUCCAAAACAAUCUUCAUUUCUCUAUUUGCCCCACCAAAACCAAGAGUUGCUUCAAUUAGCAAUUGAUCAAGUUUUGUGCCUUCCUUUUACAUUUAAGUGAAAAUGUAGGGUGGAGAGUUUAAUGUUUACUUCAGGCGUGAGCAAAUGUACCACAUGUUGUACCCAUUAGAUUAUAAAGUAAGUUUUAAACUAAUUGGACUUAUGGGAGAAUGAUAUUCCUUCAUGUAUUUCUCUAACACUAACCACGUUGUUAAGUAACUGUUCCACAUUUAUAUAUGUUAACUGAUGUUGACAUUUUUGUUUUUCACAAAAUGUAAGAGUUACAAUACACCACCUAUUAAAUUUGUUUACAUAAGUCCUCUAUGUAGAUGUCCACUAACCACACUGCACAUUUAGGAACUCGUAAAGGCCGGCCUUCUUUUCUAUGCCUUGUUGUAGUGGCCAUUCUCCAAUCACCGCUACUGUAUUCAGAUAAUAAAUUAAACUAGAUUUUUCAUAAUACCCUUGUAAAGGUAUAAGUAGAAAGCUGUAAAAGAAUGUAAAUUUCCUAAUAUUCAGAAAAUGUUUUAAUCCAAAGAGAGUCAUUAAAUGCUCACUGUUUUGCUCCCUCCCAUAUUUCUGGUCUUAAUCUAUUUGCAUUAAAUCUUUGGCAACAUAGGUCAUAAACGAGGAACUUUUCAUGUUCCUUGUGACCUUUGUGUGAGUUUGCAAGACAAUAAUGGUUCUACAAAGGUCAUUUUAGCUUUGCUUGGACAAAUUGUAAUGUAACUUUUUAAAUUCAAAUUUGUUUCAUUAAAUUUUGACCUGACGACUAUAAAUUUAUCUAUUUUAAGUAUAUCGCACCAGACAUGAAUAUUAAACUUUUAAA